AUGUCUGCCUGCAGAAUGGAGGCUACUGUGGAUCCUUGCGAUCCUGAUUCAAGAGUUGCCCCGCGACUGCGGAAGAGUCCUGGCCAUAAGCUCCCGGUCGAGAUGGUGAGGGUGACAGAAGAGAAGUGCCUAGACAUCGAGUACAUCGCAGCAAACCAGAUAGAUGAUGUCCUGGAGCCUCCACCAUCGUACCAACAAGCAGUCAGCCCCGUGGAGAAGGUCACACUCCGCUCCCAUGACCCGAGCAUCUCGUGCCCUCCAACCCCAAGUUUCCCAGCCGCUCGCCGCUCUCUACAAAGCCGCCGACACGACCCGGCCUCGCGAUCUCACAAUCUCAUGAUCCAGACCUCUCGACGCCGUCCACCGCCGCCGAAAUAUAUCGAUUAACUAAUAAUUGGUCAGUCGGCGACUCAUUCAUAACCCUAGCGGGAAAAGGCAGCGCAAAAAAGAAGGUCCCUCCAUAUUAUCCAGAGAGCCUCGGUCCCACUCCUUCGGCGCGCGGGCUCGGGAGGCUUGGUGAUUGGGAGGAGAAGAGCCGAGGGCGCGGGGUGGAGGCUUGAAAGUUGGGGGGGGG